UCCGACCGUUACUCACUUUGAAUAAUUCCUCUCUGCAUGAGACUCCCCAGUGGAGAAACAAAGGAAGGAUGUUCUUAUUCACAUAUGAGUGAAGAAUGAAGAACCAGACCAUGGUGGUGGAAUUCAUCAUUGUGGGACUGUCCAACGACCACCAUGUCAACAUCAUCCUGUUUGUGGUUCUAUCGGUUGUCUUCUUCUUGACUGUGAUGGGUAACAUUGCUGUUGUCACCCUCUCCUUGGUGGACCAUCGCCUCCAAUCGCCCAUGUAUUUCUUCCUCAGGAACUUCUCCCUCUUGGAAAUCUGCUUCAGCUUAGUCAUCAUGCCCAGGUUCCUCUACAGCCUCCUGACAGAGAGAAAAUCUAUUUCCCUCCCUGGUUGUUUCCUUCAGUUGUUGUUGUUCUUUGUCCUGGGAUCCUGUAUAUUUUCCCAUGUGGGUAUGAUGUCCUUUGACCGCUACAUGGCUAUCUGCCAUCCCUUGCGUUACGGCACCAUCAUGAAUGGCAAGGUCUGCUUCCAGUUAGUGCUGGGCUGCUGGGUGAUGAGUUUACUUAUAAUGUUUCCCCCAGCCUUUAUGGCCAUCCUGGUGCCAUUCUGUGGCCCCAAUGUCAUAAACCACUUCUAUUGUGACAUAGCCGCAUUGCUCCAGCUCUCCUGCAUAGACACGGGACACAUUGAGGUAAUGUUCUUACUUUCAGCUUCAUUUUUCAUACUUGGAAAUUUCACUGUCACUAUCAUUUCCUAUGGCUGUAUCAUCUGUACUAUCUUGCGCAUCCCAUCCACCACAGGAAGGAAAAAGGCCUUUUCCACCUGCUCCGCUCACCUCCUGGUUGUUGUGAUAUUGUACAGUAGCUCCAUCUUCAGGUAUAUCCGAAGAAGUCAGCGAGGAGCACAAGAAUUUGACAAAUUUGUAGCCUUUUUCUUCUCUGUGGUGGCCCAACUCUUUAACCCCUACAUCUACGCUCUCCGCAACAAACAAGUCAAACAGGCCCUGAAGGACAUCUGCAGCAGAGCAUUUUCUAAGUGA